AUUCUUCAAAAAUGUUCACGCCAUGAAAACUGAAGAAAUACUAAGCAACUAUUUUCCAGACUAAAGCAGACUGGAAACAUGACAACUGUAUGCAAGGUGUGAUCUUGGAUUUUCUUUUGCUAUGAAGGACGUUAUUGGGCCAAUUACCAAAAAAAAAAAAAAAUGCAUAAAGUUGAUAGAUCAUAGUAUUGCUAAUUUUCUGAUUUUCACAAUAAUACUGUGUCUAUGUGAAAUAAUGUUCCUGUAUUGGGGGAAAAUACACACUGACGUAUUAAUAUUUAGGAGUAAAAAAAAUGCUGAUGCCCUAUUUACAAUCGGAUUAAAAUUCAAACCACUUCAAGAUUUGGUCUCAUGUGCACUUGUUCUCUUCCUGUCAUUCUUCCCCACUUAAUCAUUAUGAGAGGUCACUGACGUGACGGUUCCCAGCGCAAGCCAAGAUUUUUACUGUUCCCUAAACCACCGUCUUUUGUUACCCUAUUUUAAAUAUCACUCACUCAGAAAGUCAUUCCCUGAGCACAUUGCCUAAAGUUAGUACCUCCAUUAUCUAUUAAAGCACUCUUCCUUCUUACUAUUUUGCUUAUUUAUUGUUACCUAUUUCUUCCCACUGAAUGGAAAUUCCAUUAGAAAUGGGGGUAUGUUCUGUUCACGGCUUUUUCUUGAACACGUGGAAUAUAUUAGCGCUCAAAAAAUAUCUUUAAUCAGACUUAUCUUUAACUCUUACCAAAAAGCGUUAUACUCAUAGAAAGAGCACUAAUACUUCUGUAAAAUUCUAAGCUGAAUUCAAAGACGAUACCCUUGAAGUGAAACUUCAGGAAAGCCUGAGCAUAAGAAGGUGAAGUGGAUGCCAUCAAGAUUCUGGGGUCAGGGUCGGGACGCGGAGGAUGACAGGUUACUUCGCGCCUACUGCUUUUUCUACUUUUUGUGAGAGUAUACGAGCAUCUCUCCCUUUGGCCUAAAGAAAGAAUAAAGUCAGGAGAGAAUAAUAACAUAAAAGAUAAAUAAUAAUUCCAAGGAAAGGAAUAGAGCAGCUUCUCAGAUACCACGACGCCAAGUGGCUCAAAGUACGUGAACUGAAGGAGUAGCCUUUGCUUUCCCCAACCCCGCCUCCAUUGCUUCUGCACAUGCGCGCCGCCAGCCUCUCGCGUCCCGCUUCUUUCCCACAAUACUCCUCGUCCUCGGGGCCGAAGCCGCGGAACGAGCCACAGAGAAAAAGGUUAUUGGUUGGCGGUUCAGCCAAUGAGCGGGCCUGUUACUAGUUUGCGGCAUCCUGUGGUAUAGGGGAAGCGCUCCAGGCCUGGAAUCCCUACGCGUCCCGUUGGGUUUAGCACGAUGAGCUCAAUCGGCACCGGGUAUGACCUGUCAGCCUCUACAUUCUCUCCUGACGGAAGAGUUUUUCAAGUUGAAUAUGCUAUGAAGGCUGUGGAAAAUAGUAGUACAGCUAUUGGUAUCAGAUGCAAAGAUGGUGUUGUCUUUGGGGUAGAAAAAUUAGUCCUUUCUAAACUUUAUGAAGAAGGUUCCAACAAACGACUUUUUAAUGUUGAUCGGCAUGUUGGAAUGGCAGUAGCAGGUUUGUUGGCAGAUGCUCGUUCUUUAGCAGACAUAGCAAGAGAAGAAGCUUCCAACUUUAGAUCUAACUUUGGCUACAACAUUCCACUAAAACAUCUUGCAGACAGAGUGGCCAUGUAUGUGCAUGCAUAUACACUCUACAGUGCUGUUAGACCUUUUGGCUGCAGUUUCAUGUUAGGGUCUUACAGUGUGAAUGACGGUGCGCAGCUCUACAUGAUUGACCCAUCAGGUGUUUCAUACGGUUAUUGGGGCUGUGCCAUUGGCAAAGCCAGGCAAGCUGCAAAGACGGAAAUAGAGAAGCUUCAGAUGAAAGAAAUGACCUGCCGUGAUAUUGUUAAAGAAGUUGCAAAAAUAAUUUACAUAGUACAUGAUGAAGUUAAGGAUAAAGCUUUUGAACUAGAACUCAGCUGGGUUGGUGAAUUAACUAAUGGAAGACAUGAAAUUGUUCCAAAAGAUAUACGGGAAGAAGCAGAGAAAUAUGCUAAGGAAUCUCUGAAGGAAGAAGAUGAAUCAGAUGAUGAUAAUAUGUAACAUUUACUCCAGCAUCUAUUGUAUUUUAAAUUUCUACUCCAGUCCAAUGUAACUAUUUAGCCCUGGAUUAUACAUACUGUCCAAUUUUCAUUAAAUUUUUGUCUUAUAACUAUU